GCUUAUAAAAUCCACAAAGGCCGAGAUAGGUUUUACUCUUUCAUUUUCAAUGACAUCAUGGGCUUUGAGAAAAUGACUAACAGAGGAGUUAAUGUGGAAGACGUGAAACUGGCCAUGAAGGGACAUGUUCCGGACGGUUACAAGUUCGAUCCUGAAGUCCAAUUUCAGGAUGAUGAUGAUGACUACAACUCAUGUCCGACUCUGGACGACAGAGUUCACGUCCUGGUUUGUGUCGUUCCUGCUGACAAUGUUUCUUUAAUGAGUCCAGAAGUUGUGAAGAAGAUGAGAGAAGUCAGAGAAGCAGCCAGUGAAAUGGGAAUUCCCCAACUGGCUAUUCUCACCAAAGUUGAUAAAGCGUAUCCUCAGCUGGCAACAGACAUAAACGAAGUAUAUAAUCACAAGGACUUGAAGCAAAAGGUCGACGAAUUGAGCAUGUUGAUAGGCAUGCCACCGAACUGCUUCUUUCUUGUGAAGAACUACCACUCAGAAACCAACACAAAUGAAGACAUUGAUGUGCUGAUCCUGAAAGCACUGAGAGAGAUUAUUACCUUUGGAGAAGACUUUCUCAACAAUCUGUAGACCUACAUACUGCGAAGGCAAACCUUGUAUGAUCACCAGUUUCCACAUUUUUACUCCCAACUUGUCAAAUACAGACUCUUGGUCAGUGGCCUUAAGCCUCAAACUAUAAAGCUCCACGUACCCCUCUAGCAUCAGUGUUUUAUGUGUCAGGGCGGGGUGUCCGUUUCAUCUCGUCACAUGCAGUGUCUUUUUAAAAUAAACUUCCUUCACAGAAAGUGUGGUUUUGUAAACAAAACCCCUUAGUUAGGUUUAGGAAUAGAGUGGGUGAUGUUAAUAUACUUGCUAACACGUCACUACUGAGUGAGUCAAGACUCACAUGACUAGUGAUGCGAACAACUCACACGAUUAACGACUGACGUGUCUAAAUGUUCAUGAUUACUUUUAUUUUU